GAGAGAUUGAAAAAAAAAAAAAAACACCCUUACUGUUGAAACCACACUAGAUAAUGUAUUGCUAGUUUUUUCCUCUACCUUGGCCUUUUUCUUUGGUGGAAAGCCUUCCUCAUUGCCACCAUUUUAUGCCAAUGACUCUUAGUGUUAGGCCAGGAUGGAUCGAGGUGACGUGGAAAUAAAAGGGAAGACUAACCCCUUACAGGGUCAGAAUCAUAUCUUAAUCAAAAUAACUGAAGGACAGAUUUUCCUCCCUGGGAGAGGAGAGUGUGUCGGGGCUCUGGGGAUUUGGGAUUUUGUAGGGCAGCGGAGGGAACUUUUGGCUGGGAAGACUUUUCUGCUUUCCCAUACUCCUGCAUCUUGGUGGGGUCGUUCUAUGUUGGCAUCUCUGUCGGAAGUUCAGUCAUGUUGAUCCCUGGUCUGGAGCCUUCUUGCUCCUGACUACCAGAAGGGAGUUUCUCAGGUGCUGAACCCUUUAGGCUAUUAACCCUCACUCAUUACCUUUUACUAGAAUCCUUUUACUCCCUCCUGAUAGGGAUAAACCAGGGUUUGUGCCUGUGCACCCCUGUGUGGAAAUGAUGUGAGGCUGGCCAUGCGCUGCACAGAGGCUUGAGGAGAGAAGAUAUCCUCUGUUGCACCCUGAUGUAAGUUUUGGAGGCAGGGUCUCUCUCUGAAACUGUAGCUCUAGUUUUUGGACUAGGCUGGUAGUCAGGGAGCCCCUCCAGUUAACUUCUUGUCUUUGUCCUGCUUAGGGUCUAGAUUAUAGGUGUGGUGGGAUUCAAACUCCAGACUUUAUUGUUUCACAGCAAAUAUUAACUGUGGGCCAUCUCUCCAGCACAGUUUAUUUAUUUAUUUAUUUAUUUAUUUAUUUAUUUAUUUUAAAGAUUUAUUUAUUUAUUUUGUAUAUGAGUACACUGUAGCUGUCUUCAGACACACCAGAAGGGGACAUCAGAUCCCAUUACAGAUGGUUGUGAGCCACCAUGUGGUUGCUGGGAUUUGAACUCAGGACCUCUGGAAGAGCAGUCGGUGCUCUUAACCACUGAGCCAUCUCUCCAGCCCUCCAGCACAGUUUAUUGUGUUGAAGCUUACACUGUUAGGCACCUUUUAAAAAGAGGGUACAGAUAAGCGAAAUUUGAAAAUUCUGACAAUUUUGAGGUGUUGGGGAUCCAAUCUGAGGUCUUGAGCCUGCAAGUAUUCUAGCACUGUAUUAUAUAUCCCCAGCCACAAAACAGCUGGAAACUGGGAGACUCAGGAUUUUCCUUCUGUAAUCUGUGUGGGUAGAUUAUCAGAAAUGCUUUGAAGCUGGCCUCCUCUCCAACUCUCAGCAACUGGCUCAAUCCGGCGUCGCUGUAGUUUCAGAUUCUUUAGCCUAAAGCAGAUAUCGUGGGGGGCAGGGCUGUAAUCCCAGCACUAAGGACAAAAACAAGUGCUUUAGAAUUUCAAGGUCAUCCGUGGAAACUGCAUGAGAUUUUGCCACCUCCCCACCUACUCUAUAUAAUAAUAUAUGUAUUAGCAUCAAGUAAACUUGACACUGGUCUUAGACCUUCCACUCCACGGAACAUGUUAUCUGGACCCUUGUGUCCAGCUCAGGGACAUCUAUGACUGAAAGGUCUCUUCUCUGACCUAGGGACGUGAAUUAGGUUGAAGAGUGGAUUCCUCUUUUCUUCGUUAGCGUUUGUUUUUAACACUGAGUUUUACGUAGAACCAAGCUGAAACAGAGGACUCUUAGCAACUGCAGAAUUAACUCAGUUCACAGUGGGCCCUUAUAAAAACUGCGGAGGGCUUGCGAAGUCACUGCCGGAAGUUCCUCCGCGGUGACGAGGACGGCGGAAGUGGGCUCGAUGCAGCUUUCUGAAGUAUUGUCUCACUCCCGCUCUCCUUACUUCUGGAUGGGCGGCGCACUACAGUUCAGCGCGGCUGUAGGGGCUUCUCCGCGCAGGCUCAGUUGACAACUUCGCGUCGGACAGCUUUCGUCCGCCCACUUCCUUUCCCGUUUCCUGUGCUAGGAUGUGACGCAAUACUUUGUCAAACGGGAGGAGCCUCAGGAGGAAAAGCGUCUGAGCUGGGAUCUCGCGAGAAUAUUUCGUUCCAGCGCAAUUCUCGCGCUGCAGCCUUGCUCCUGUCGCAACGAGAGCCUUCGAGAUCUUCUCCGCCCCCACUACCGGCGCCUCUUCUGCGGCCGUGGAGCCGGAGCCGGCCUGAGCGGUAGAGGCCCGUCUUUUUCAAGGACCCAAGCAUCCUCGUGGACGGUCGUCCGGCUUCGCCCGCCCAGCCGCGGUGCUCCAUCAGCCCACGCGGCGCGCCCUCUCCACGCGCCAACCCCGUCGGGUUCCGUGUGCAGUGUCGGCGGCCGGCCCUGGGCCCGAGCCCGAGCAGUAGCCGGCGCCAUGUCGGUGGUGGGCAUAGACCUGGGCUUUCAGAGCUGCUAUGUCGCUGUGGCCCGCGCCGGCGGCAUUGAGACGAUCGCUAAUGAGUAUAGCGACCGCUGCACGCCGGCUUGUGUUUCUUUCGGUCCUAAGAAUCGUUCAGUUGGAGCAGCAGCAAAGAGCCAGGUAAUUUCCAAUGCCAAGAACACAGUUCAAGGGUUUAAAAGAUUUCAUGGGCGUGCAUUCUCAGAUCCAUUUGUGGAAGCAGAAAAAUCUAACCUUGCAUAUGAUAUUGUACAGUUGCCCACUGGAUUAACGGGCAUAAAGGUUACAUAUAUGGAAGAAGAGAGGAAUUUUACCACUGAACAAGUGACUGCCAUGCUCUUGUCAAAACUGAAGGAGACAGCAGAAAGUGUUCUUAAGAAGCCUGUUGUAGACUGUGUUGUUUCGGUUCCUAGUUUCUACACUGAUGCAGAACGACGGUCAGUGAUGGAUGCCACACAGAUUGCUGGUCUCAAUUGCUUGCGGUUAAUGAAUGAAACAACUGCAGUUGCUCUUGCUUAUGGAAUCUAUAAACAAGACCUUCCUGCCUUAGAAGAAAAACCAAGAAAUGUAGUUUUUGUAGAUAUGGGACAUUCUGCCUAUCAAGUUUCUGUAUGUGCAUUUAAUAGAGGAAAACUGAAAGUUUUGGCCACAGCUUUUGAUACAACAUUGGGAGGCAGAAAAUUUGAUGAGGUGUUGGUAAAUCACUUCUGUGAAGAAUUUGGAAAGAAAUACAAGCUAGACAUAAAAUCUAAAGUUCGUGCUUUAUUGCGACUCUCUCAAGAGUGUGAGAAACUCAAGAAAUUAAUGAGUGCGAAUGCUUCAGACCUCCCUUUGAGUAUUGAAUGCUUUAUGAACGAUAUUGAUGUAUCGGGAACCAUGAAUAGAGGCAAAUUUUUGGAGAUGUGUGAUGAUCUCUUAGCAAGAGUGGAGCCGCCACUUCGUAGCAUCUUGGACCAAUCCAAGUUAAAGAAAGAAGAUAUUUAUGCAGUGGAGAUAGUUGGUGGAGCCACACGGAUCCCUGCCGUGAAAGAGAAGAUCAGCAAGUUCUUUGGUAAAGAACUCAGCACAACAUUAAAUGCGGAUGAAGCAGUCACUCGAGGCUGUGCUCUGCAGUGUGCAAUCUUAUCACCUGCUUUCAAAGUCAGAGAAUUUUCUAUCACUGAUGUGGUACCAUAUCCAAUAUCUUUGAGGUGGAAUUCUCCAGCUGAAGAGGGGUCAAGUGACUGUGAAGUCUUCCCCAAAAACCAUGCUGCUCCUUUCUCCAAAGUCCUCACCUUUUAUAGAAAGGAACCGUUCACUCUGGAGGCCUACUAUAGUUCUCCUCAGGAUUUGCCCUAUCCAGAUCCUGCUAUAGCUCAGUUUUCAGUUCAGAAAGUCACUCCACAGUCUGAUGGCUCCAGCUCAAAAGUGAAAGUCAAGGUCCGGGUAAAUGUGCAUGGCAUUUUCAGUGUGUCCAGUGCGGCCUUAGUAGAGGUGCACAAGUCCGAGGAGAGCGAGGAGCCAAUGGAGACUGAUCAGAAUGCAAAGGAAGAAGAGAUGCAGGUGGACCAGGAAGAACCACAUACUGAAGAGCAACAGCCACAGACACCAGCAGAAAACAAGGCGGAGUCUGAGGAGAUGGAGACCUCUCAAGCUGGAUCAAAAGAUAAAAAGACGGACCAACCACCUCAAGCAAAGAAGGCAAAAGUGAAGACCAGCACCGUGGACCUGCCCAUUGAGAGCCAGCUGCUGUGGCAGCUGGACCGGGAAAUGCUCGGCCUGUACACAGAGAAUGAGGGUAAGAUGAUCAUGCAGGAUAAACUGGAGAAGGAACGGAAUGACGCCAAAAAUGCGGUGGAAGAGUAUGUGUAUGAGAUGAGAGACAAACUUAGUGGUGAAUAUGAGAAGUUUGUGAGUGAAGAUGAUCGUAAUAAUUUUACUUUGAAAUUAGAGGAUACAGAAAACUGGCUGUAUGAAGAUGGAGAAGAUCAACCAAAGCAAGUUUAUGUAGACAAAUUGGCUGAGUUAAGAACUUUAGGUCAACCUAUUAAGACACGGUUCCAGGAAUCUGAAGAAAGACCAAAAUUAUUUGAAGAAUUAGGGAAGCAAAUCCAACAGUAUAUGAAAGUGAUCAGCUCUUUCAAAAACAAGGAGGACCAGUAUGAACACUUGGAUGCUGCUGACAUGACAAAGGUAGAGAAAAGCACCAAUGAGGCGAUGGAGUGGAUGAAUAGUAAGCUGAACCUGCAGAACAAACAGAGCCUGACGGCGGAUCCAGUUGUCAAGACAAAAGAGAUUGAAGCUAAAAUUAAGGAGCUGACAAAUAUUUGCAGUCCUAUAAUUUCAAAGCCCAAACCCAAAGUGGAACCCCCUAAGGAGGAACCAAAACAUGCUGAGCAGAAUGGACCAGUGGAUGGCCAAGGAGACAACCCAGGCACCCAAGCUGCUGAGCACGGUGCAGACACAGCUGUGCCUUCUGAUGGUGACAAGAAGCUUCCUGAGAUGGACAUUGAUUGAUUCCAACACUUGUUUAUAUUAAAACAGACUAUUAUAAAGCUUUAAGUUGUCAACUUUGUUCUGAAUAUCAACUAGAGCAAGCAAAUACUGGAGAUUUCUUAGUCAGUUUUUAGGGGAUCUCGGGGUGGGGUAUAUAGGUAAUAUACAGAGCAUUUUGACUUCUAAAUAGUUAGAUCCAGAGAUGAAGUGCACUGUUCUCUCUUCAUUAUGAUCCUGUUUAAGAGCCCAGCUAGUCUUUCUGAGCUCUUGCCUCCCUCCUUGUUUUAAUCAUGCUUCUACAAGGUGAAGUGUGUUUGGGGAAACUGAGCUCUAACAAAAGCUGUGAGAGCCACUAGGCAGGCUUUUCCUCAAACAUGACAGAAGUUCAAAUUAUGCUUGGAAAGGCUGAGUGGAGAUCACCACCAGCAUUCUCUGCCUGUGGGGCUGUGGGACUGUGGGGCUGGUGCUUCCUCCAUUUCUGAGGGUCUGAGAAUGGCCCAGCAUGCAUUAACACAGGAGAGCGCAGAGCGCAGCAGGGCCUGCUCUCAUUGCCCUCUAUUCCCAGCCCUGUCUUCCUCUUCCGUCCGCAAGCAGUAUAAAUGCCAUGUGCCCUCUGCACUUAGAGUGAGCCUUAGCGUAUCAAGGGGCUUUGACGUGGCUCCCCGUACUUCCUGAAAGUAUUCACUGACACUGAAGCGUCAGAGUCUAGUGUAACCUUAAGGUAGGUUGUAAAUAACAGUUGGCUGUAGGCAUGGUAAGUCUGAGCAGCCCAUCCUUAGUGUGGUGGGAAGGUCUGUACCCUGACCUGCUCCACGGUAGAUGGUGUAUGUAAAUUAGAGGUUUCGAUGGAACAGGAUGAGAGCUCAAGGUUCUUUGUUUGGUAUUAUUUGUGUUAAUGUGUCUUGAAUCUGCCAAUCUGUAUGUUAAAACAGCUGACAGAUUGUAAAGCUAUUGCCCUGGACAAGUCUGAAAUUAGUGUAAAAGAAAACCUCAUCGUUAACUGCAGCCGCUGUCAGGGUACCAUAUAUUCCUGGAACAAGUCUAUGGGGAAGAGAUGUUCUGCAGACAAAGGGACGGAUGCCUAUGGUAGAGGUCAGAGUUGGUUACCUGCCUUAGUUACAAGUGUUACGUUCUGGGUCUUUGUAAUCACUGAUCUCUGUAACAGAGCCUCUGUUUAUUCUUGCUUGUUGGAAAUAAGCUUAAACCAUGCAUAGUUAGAAUUACUAUGCUUCUGUCUACACAGGAAGUGCUGUAGCUCUCAAGUGCUCUAGAGGCCAUUGGUUGGAGAGGAAGGAAUGCAUGCUUAUGUUAUGUAAGCAACUGGACUCCCGCUCAGUACAGGCCUGGAGCUCCAGGCCGAGUGCAUACUCUGCUGCUUUGAGUGCUGCAGGAGUGCCCACUGGCCUGGCUGUGAGGCUGAUAGCUUUUUCAAGUGCAGGCUGCAGGAUUAAGCCAACUCUUAUGCAACUGACUGUCCUUAAUGAUGAUCUCAUAAACAUUUGUGUGUGGGGGUGGGAGGGUUUGGGUGUCGGGAUGGGGAAUGAAUUUGAAGUCUAAAGUUAAAGCUAGAAAUCAGAUGAUCAGCUUCUGCUCUGUCUAUAUAGACGAUUGGAUUUAUGUGGAGGCAGGCCAGAUGGCAACUGAUGACUUGUGUGCAAACAAGCAUUUAUCCAGGUUGCAAUAUCCAAAUUGGUUUGUUAAAAACUCUAGGUCACAUUCUUACACUAAGAAAAACAGUAAACAUGAGACAAAGUUUAGGAAAAACUAAUAAAAGAAACCUGUCUUAACUUGAA